AUGUACAAGGAGGAGUCCAUUCCGCCCUAUCUAAAAAUUUUGGGCAAUUUUCAAGCAGAAGAUCAAAUACGUCUACGUCUAGGUGGUCGAGUGGGUCAGUAUCACCUCGAAUCGAGUACCGAAUACCUCGAACCUAAUUGUCAGUUCCAAUUCUGGUCAGCUUAUGCGCCCUGCUCAUCACAGCACCUGGACGCGGUGCAAUUAACCUUAGAACAGAUAGACUUAAUACGCAGAUUAGUGAAUCUUUAUCCGCAGCACAUGGCCCUGGUGACGACGGCAGACGGCAUCGAGGAAAGUCAUCGAGCUGGGAAACUGGCCAGUCUGAUCGGCAUCGAGGGUGGCCAUUCGAUAGGGACCAGUUUGGGGGUGCUGCGGACCUUCUACCAGCUGGGGGCCCGGUAUCUGACCCUAACGCACACCUGCAACACCCCCUGGGCCGACUGCUGCAAAGUUGAUGAACCGGGCCGGGUUCCUCACAUAGGGGGCCUAUCGCACUUCGGAACCCUGGUGGUAACGGAGAUGAACCGGCUCGGGAUGAUCGUGGAUCUGUCCCACGUUUCGGUGCCGACCAUGUUGGAUGCGCUGGCCACUUCCAAGGCACCGGUCAUCUUCUCCCACUCCUCGGCCCAUGCCAUCUGCAACAGCUCCCGCAAUGUGCCGGACCACGUGCUGAAGCGAUUGAUCCCGAGAGUCCUCCUCCCGGCCGUCGGAAAUGAAGAGUGUGUCGGCAUCGAGAGUGACUCUCUCGGAACCCGACUUCCCGGCUUCGAACUCCAGUGGCACCUUCUGGCUGACCUGAAGCAUCUCGUGGCCUCUGCGCUGACGAUCCUCUGCACUGGUGGUUUUCUGCGAUUGGAUCAGCUCAUAACUGCUGACCACAGCGCACAACCACAGCUUGAGACUCACAUCAAUCAUAUCCGGGAUGUGGCAGGAGUGGACCACGUCGGAAUCGGAGCCGGAUACGAUGGCGUUAAUCUGGUCCCGCAAGGUUUGGAGGACGUUUCCCGCUAUCCGUACCUGCUGGCCGAGCUGCUCGAAUCGGAAAAAUGGACCGAGGACGAUAUCGCCAAGCUGGCGGGGAGAAAUUUAAUUAGAGUUUUCAAACAAGUCGAACAGGUACGCGACCAGUUGGAGGCCCAGGGCAUGCUCCCAAUUGACCAAUCCAUCCCACCGGAGGACAUCCUGGGGAGAUCUUACUGUCGCUACUCGGGACCAAGAACGUGACGCAAACGGAGCUUCCCGGUGCCCUUUAUGGACGUGCUUUUCACCACGGCAGUUUCCAGAACGGUCACGGCCAUCACCACGAGCACAGAACAGCAACAAUUAGAUCCAAAGCACAUUGCAGGUGUCUUCGGGACAGGUAAUAGUUAAGCUUGAAAAUUCUUGGAGCGGUAAGCCAUCGAAGUAAAAAUUAGGAAAUGGUGUGGGAGAAAUUUUACCAUCUGCACAAUUUGUACACUUCCACAAAAUGAAUCUCAACACACGUCAUUGAAAGUAGAUUAUCAAAUUCAAACGGUACGAUCCCCAAAGAUCUCGAGAAAGUAAAGUUAUAUACGGAUUCGGUAGGACGGAGAAACCAAAAAGUCUAGAUAAAUAAAAAGAGUUAGCAUAUCACACAGCUUGAUCGUAACGAUCUAUUUACGGUCGAAUGAAGAGGUAUUACUACAAAUUUUAUUUUAUUUCUUAUAUUUACCGAGUAAUGACUCAAGAGAGUAAGUAUUUUCUUGAAAUUAACAAUUUUCAUCUCCGCACACGUAUAUAUUUUUCUACCGAACAAUAACUGAACUUUCACUCGAAACAAACAGCAAGGCAAAAAAGCAAAUUUACAGGAAUCCGACGAAUGCAUGGAAAAUGCGGAGCGUGUUUAAAAAAACGAAAAUAAAUUCUAAAUUUAAACUGUUUUAGGCUUAGUUGUAAAAACGAAAAUAAACGAUAAAAAUUGAUUAGAAAAAACCAAAAUCACAUACAAAAAUCUUAUCAAUAGAUGUGUAGAGUUUAUCGAAAUGUUACAUACUGUCCCACAUAAAAAAGAAACAAAAUCAAAAAAUCGUUUAAAAAUAAUCAAUCACGAAAAAUACAUGUGCAAAAAAUGGAAAACCGAUCGUGACACGAACUCAGAACACGUGCCAGGGUUUUUGAGUGAUAGUUCCGAGUAAUAAAAUUAAAAAAUAAUCUAAACCCUUUAGCAAACGGAAAAACCAAAGUGUAAAUAGAACUGUCGUUCCCCCCUGCCAUAGUUUUAAGUUAACACCGGUACUGGUAAGAAGGAAAAAUUGUUAAAAACAUUUUGUCCUUCACAAGUUUUCAGAAAAUAGAUCAUCAUCACAUCAUUUCUGAACACAAAAACAAUUCGACAGAAUACAAACGUUACAAUCAUAAACAUUUAAAAACACUGUGCCACAGUUUGAAUAGUAAGAAUAAUAACGGAGAGAAUGCGCCCGAUGUUUGGUUCAUUGUUUUUAUUUUCGUUUAUUCAACAGUUUAAAAAGACAUCUAAUUAUUUUAAUAACUUAAAAAUCUGUUUUUUUUGUUUGAAGAAAUGAUUAAAAUUGCCAGGGUUUUAACGUGAAAGGUUUUGUCCACACGAUCGCAAAAAUGAGGUUAAAAUUCAAAAACUGGUCUUAUGUUAAUGAAUAUCUUUUUAAAAUUUAGUAGAGAAGAACUUCUUUUUAUAGGGGUUCAACAGUUCGUUUGAUGUAAAAAAUAUCAUGUAAAUUACAAUUUGAUCUAGCAGUUGCGUCAAACAACGUCUUCGACGUUUUCACUUCAACCAAAAUACUUUGUUACACUUCAAACAGAAUCCUAACCCAGAUAGUCAAUCCAGGACCUCUGUAUGUUAAAUCCCGAUCCUGCGUCCUGAUCUUAAUUUGCAUGCUGUAUUCCUAUCCUUAUCAUGAUCCAAAAUCUCUAAAACUAUGAUUCAGGACUUAGGUUGAGAUCCUAAAUCAUAAAUUUAGACAAUGAUCCUGAUUCGAAUCGUGAAUCCUUAUGACCACCCUCGUUCCGGAUGCUGAAUUUUUAUCGUGAUUCAGGACCCUGGAUCCUAAUUCUAACCCUUUGAACUUGAUCCCAAAUCCUGAUUUAUAUCCUGGAAUCUGGAUUUCAAGCUCCGAUCCAGGAUGCUGAUUCUUGAUUCUGAAAGUUUAAACUUUUACAACUUUUUUCACCCACUGAACCAGGCACCUCAUUCCAGAUACUCGAUCCUCAUUCUUAAUGUUUGAUCUUUUUAACCGAUCUUGGAUUUAUUUUCCAAAUCCUGGUUGUGAUUUUGGUUCAUCAUCUUUUGUCAUAAUUCUCAUCCAGAUCCUGAUUCGGAUGUUGGUCCCCAACCUGAUCCAGGGGUCUGAUAUGUAUUCCAUGUUCAGAUCUGAAUCCUGAUCCGGAACAUAGAUGCUGGUUGUGGAUCUUGAAUCCGUAUUUUUAUGCUAGAUAUUGAUUUUGAUACCGGAUUUUAGUUGCACGAUUCUGAUUUUCUAGGGAUUCUACUUUUAGAUGCUUAGUGAGACAGAACCUAAAAAGCUUGGACGAAACCUCAUUUUUUUAUUUAAUACUUUAUGUUUGAAUUUUUGAAAACCAGAUUGAUUGAGCAUCUCAUAUCUCUUUUUUUUUAAAUUUGAUGAUACCUAUAAAGCUAUAUGAAAUAAAAUUGAUUCAAGAUAAACGUUAACCAAAUAUUUCAAAUUCUUGAAACUUUUCAAUUUUCAUAAAAUGGAUUUUUGCAAAUUUCAAACAUCUCUAAGUAAAGUUUUUCAGUUAAAUUCCACGUCGAACUACAAGUUUCAACUUUUUGAAGAAAAAAAAAGUUGCUGCUUAUAUAUACUAAUGAAGAAAUAAUUCAACUUAUUGUGAGACAUAUUUUUGAUGUUUAUCAUGAAAUUAAAAAAAAAAACUCAGGAACUCGCAUUCGGAAUGAGAGCCUUCUGUUAAGUGUGAGAUCUUAGUGAGUGAAUUAAUACCUCCCUACUUAUAAUUAUUUACUUAAAUAACUCAACAAGUAGAUUUAAGUUUUUAUUAAAUUUUCAAGUUUAAAAUUUUUUGCAGAAACUUUUAGAAAUGUUCAGUGAGAUGAGUAGUUAGUCAUCUACAUCAGUAGAAGAUUCACAGAUAUUAGUUUCAAUGGCAAGAAUUUGCGCAUAUGAUCUCGAAUCUCGAAAGGUAUUGAAAAAAAAAAACAGAUUUAUAAAAGUCAGAAAAGAGCUACAUUUCUUGUGUUUUUUUUAACUUUAAAAUUCUUUGACACUGAAUAACGGCUAAUGAAAGGUCGUAGAAAAAUGGUUGAUUUUAUUUUUAUUUUGAGC